AGGUCAACGUUGAGCAGCAGAGGCCCGCACAACUUCCUCAAAAUGGAUCCAAAGGUAAGAUGGCUGCAGCAACAGGAAGUUAAACGAAGAGUCAAGAGACACGUUCGACGUGACCAUUUUGUUUCCUUCAAUGACCCACUCUGACCUGAAAUGUGGUACAUGCACUAUGAAGACAAUGACAGUAACUAUAGGUCAGAAAUGAAUGUCCUAGCAGCCUGGCAGAGAGGAUAUACCGGCAAAGAUGUAGUGGUGACCAUUCUUGAUGACAGCAUUGAGAAACAUCACCCUGAUCUUGUCCAAAACUAUGAUCCUCAUGCAAGCUUUGAUGUCAAUGGAAAUUAUGGAGAUCCAACUCCACGCUAUGAUGCCAGCAAUGAAAACAAGCAUGGCACCCGUUGUGCCGGAGAAGUGGCAGCAUCAGCAAACAACUUUAACUGCAUAGUGGGAAUUGCAUACAAUGCAAGAAUUGGAGGCAUUCGGAUGUUAGACGGUGAUGUGACAGAUGUGGUAGAAGUGAAGGCGAUUGGCAUAAAACCUGACUACAUCCACAUCUGCAGUGCAAGCUGGGGCCCUGAUGACGACGGCCAGACAGUGGACGGGCCUGGCCUCUUGGCCAGGCAAGCAUUUGAGCAUGGCAUCAAAAAGGGCCAUAGAGGACGGGGUUCUAUUUUUGUCUGGGCCUCUGGAAAUGGUGGAAGAGAAGGGGAUCACUGCUCUUGCGAUGGAUACACCAACAGCAUCUAUACAAUCUCUGUCUGCAGUACCACCGAGAAUGGGAACAAACCAUGGUACCUAGAAGAAUGCGCCUCCACCAUUGCUACCACAUAGAGCAGUGGGGCAUUCUAUGAAUGGCAAAUUGUGACCACAGAUCUGCAGAAACAUUGCAUAGACGGACACACGGGGACCUCUGUGUCUGCCCCCAUGGUGGCAGGGAUCAUUGCCCUGGGUCUGGAGGCCAACCCUUUGCUGACCUGGAGAGACGUUCAGCACCUUCUUGUUAAAACAUCUAGACCAGUGCACCUCUUGGCCCCCGACUGGAAAACAAACGGAGCUGGACAUCGAGUUAGCCAUUUGUAUGGAUUUGCUGGUGGUGCAGAAGCUCUUGUUGUUGAGGCAAAGAAGUGGCAAACGGUCCCAGCCCAGCACCUUUGUGUUGGAACCUCAAACAAGAAACCUUGGUUCAUCCCUGCCAACAAAACGGUGCGGACGGCGGCCCUAACCAAUGCCUCUGCAGACCACCCUGACCAUCAUGUAGCCUAUCUGGAGCACGUUGUCAUACGAGUUUCUAUUACACACCCUCGACGGGGAGACCUACAGAUAAACCUGACAUCUCCUUCUGGAACAAAGUCUCAGCUCCUGGCGAGGAGGCAAUAUGAUGAUUCCAGUGACGGUUUUAAGCACUGGGAAUUCAUGACUGUCCACUCCUGGGGAGAAACAGCAGCAGGAGAAUGGACGCUGGAGAUCCAGGAUAAGCCAUAUCAUGUGAGAAACCCAGACACACAAGGAAAAUUAAAGGAAUGGAGUCUCAUUUUAUAUGGAACAGCUGAGCCCCCAUACUCCAAUUUCAGCUCCCAUCACUCCAGGUCAAGGAUGCUGGAAAUGCCAUCAUCUGACAUGGAACCCUCAAAAACUGCUUUCUUCCAGAGUCAGAUGGAGAUAUUGGACGAAGAAGAGGAAUACACAGGACCGUGUCAUACGGAAUGUGGCAACCAAGGAUGCGAUGGUCCCAACGCUGAUCAGUGCCUGAACUGUUUCCAUUUCAGCCUUGGAAGCAUUAAAACUGGCAGGAAGUGUGUGAAUUCCUGCCCCUCUGGGUACUUUGGGGACAGUUUGCAGAAGAAAUGCCACAAAUGCUAUAGGGGCUGCGAAAUGUGUCUGGGCAGAAGCCAGUACAUGUGCACGGCUUGCAAGCGUGGCUUCUAUCAUCACCAGGAAACAAAUACAUGUGUGACACUGUGUCCUGGGUUUUACUCUGAUGAGGAUCAAAGACGUCAGAAAUGCCAUCAAAACUGUAAGAAGUGUGUUGGAGAGAUGGACAAAUGUACUGUCUGCAAGGAUGUAUUCAGCCUUGUAAACAAUAGCUGUGUUACGGGAUGCAGGCUGGGCAUGUGUAUGAUCAAGGAACCGGGGCGAUGUGAGGGAUGCCACUCAAACUGCCAGACAUGCAUGGGACCAGGCCAAGAGGAACGUGUCCAGUGUGCCACGAACUUUCACUUGCACGAGUGGAGGUGCGUCCCAAUGUGCGGUGAAGGCUUUUACCCCAAGGAGAUGCUUGGACUCCCCCACAAGGUCUGCAGAAGAUGUGAAGAUAACUGUUCCAGUUGUGAUAGCUCAGGAAGAAAAUGUCUCCGGUGUAAAGAAGGCUUUAGCCUGCUUAGUGGCUCAUGCAUUACUAGCGACAGAUGCCACAAUGCCGAUGAUGUCUUCUGUGAGAUGGUGAAAACCAACAAACUGUGUGAACGCAAGCCAUUUAUACAAUUUUGCUGUCGGACAUGUCUCUUGGCUGCCUAA